AUGGUUACCAUAAGCCAGAAGGUGGUGCUCCAAUACCGAGACGAGCGAGCAGUCACCAUACCCAAUGACUACAUUUUGGUAGGGCCCACCAAUGGCAAGUCUUACUUGCGGGUGAAGGCAACCUGUCAAUCCAUAAUCCAGCUCAUGACAGGAGGCAGGGUGGCCAGGACCAGCAGCAUCCAUGCCAGCUCUAGCCUGCGGGAACUGGUCCAGGCCAGAAACCAUCAGUUGGACCACGUGCGCGACCCAGACGCGCCAGACGAUGGAGAGCAGGCCCAGCUGUUCGACGAUGGCCCUGCAAAUCCAUCAACGCCACCCAAGAAGAGGAAAGCAUCCCGCAUCGCCAUGCCAGAAAUGGUCACCAUCCAGGUAGGUUCCACCCCAGUGGAAGUGUUGAUCCAUGGACGCAGGCCGAGAAGCACCGACCUGGCUGUCGAGCUGGAAGCCACCCAACUGGAGGCUGUCAUCAUCCACUUGCGAGAGGACUCGGCCCAGGUGGUCCAAGAGGUGGAAGCCAUCUUGGCAUCCAAGCAGGGUGUGAACAACAAAGUGGAGGCCGUGCUCCAGCUUCUCCGAGCCCAUGGCUUGGCCCACGACCAGGAGGAGAAGCGUGGUGCCCAGCUGGCCGCCAACCAGGAGCUGGUGAGCAACUCCAACGGUUUCCUCACCCUGUCGGCCAGCCACACCAUCGCCUUCCUGCGAUGCCUCCAGUACGGCAUCGAGGGGCCAGAGGGUACCCACGCCAUAGUGCAGAAGGAUAAGGACCCCCACGCAGGAGAGGAGGCCAUGCCACACCUGCCAUCCUUCAUCGAGCUUGCCAUGAACAGCACCAAUGCCAUCAUGAAGCAAGCCAACGAGCUGGAGGUAGCACUCCAGCUGGCCACAGCUUUCGACCAAGGCCUCACCAUGCAGCAGGCGAUCGGGAAGGUAAGCCAGGCCAGCACCAGCUGCCAAAGAUCUAUCCCCAGCAUUGCCAUGUUUGUGCAGAAGUUUGGAGGCGGGUCGCCAGGCUUUCCAUUUUUACACUUUUUGAAUGGCUUCUCCAAAUCCUUCAAUGCCAGUUUGCAGAUUGGCACAGAGACCAUGCAACUGCUUUCCACUUUGGACUUCCGUGUGGCCACACAGAUCUAUCCAAUGAUACGCAUCAGUCUGUGGGCUACCAUGCUCACGUCCCCAAAGUCGCAGGAUGGCUUUGCCAAGAUCUUGACCCAGUCAGACAUCCAGCGACUGAAAACGAGCCAGAUGCUGCCUGCAGUCCAGCAGGCAGAAGCCAUGCUUCAGGACGCUUGGAGAGUCCAGCAGCAGAUGAAGGCCAUGAAGGCCAGGCCAGAAGCUGUGCUCCAGAAAGCUUUCGGCCGGAUGGCAGCGAAGAAGCCAGAGCCUGCCAGCAGCCAGGGAGUCACCAGCGUGCUGGAUGCCAGCCCAAAGGCAAUAGCCUUGUUGCAGAAUAACCACAUGGAGUUGGGCAAUAUGUACACCAACUCCGCAGACCAUGGUCCCAAGGUGUUCGUGCUGGAGUCCAUGGACGACUCCCACGCGACGAUGAGGCACCAGCCUAUCUUCCAGGCGGACGAAUCUGUCCAAGUGCCACUGGAGCAUUUGAGGAAAUGGAGACCAGCCAAAGUCGCCCAGACCAAGGUUUGCCCGCCGGAGCUUGCAAAGGCUUGCCUGCCAUCGAUGCAUGCUAUGAUCCAGGACGAGCUCCAGAAAUCGAAAGUUGCCAUGGCCUUGCAUUCGGCCAUUGCCAAUCAUGAGGUGGACCAUGAGGACGUGGCCUUCGUCCACAGUCCACAAGGCCUGUUCAGCCUCAAAGCCAAGAAAAAGAACGCCAUCAAGCUUAUCCCAUUGGGGCAGGUCGCCAAGCACAAGGGGCCAGGUGCGCCCCCCAAACUUGCAAUCCAGCAUGCUGGAAGUCAUUGGGUCAUCACCAGCUGGCGACAGAACACAUCUUUCCAGGGCGAGGACCCAGGGUGCCUUGCAAGCCCAUAUUGGUGGGCCAAGCCAGCAGCCAAGGCCGAGGAAGCCAACCUGGUGCACAGCUAUGUGCUGGAGGACGGGAUCCGCAUCCCGUGCUUGACCAAUAGCCACCAUGUUGCCGUCCACGACCAAUUGCUUUACAGCACCGAGGAACCAUGCGCGAGCUCUUCUUCCCAGCACCAAGCCAAGAAGAAGAAAACCAGCUGA